AUGCCGGGGUUGAUUGUGGCACAAUCGAUGACGACGGCGGUGGCGCGUCAGUGGAGCGGCGACGCGCUCGUCCCGUUCCGAUCGUCCGGAUCGCGCGCCGUUCCUCGCGCGCGCGCUGUCGUCCCCCCGACCCGAGCGUACCACGCCAGGUCGUCGCGUCGCUCGCGCCGGAGCAACAAGCGGAUGGCGCAAACCCCGGAGGAGCGCACGGACGCCGCGGUCACCGUCCGCGUGCGACGUCCGUGCCCGGGCGACCUCCGAGUCGGGCUCCUGGGCGAGGGCGGCGCGCUCGGCAAGUGGGACACCAGCCGCGUCAACCCAAUGCGACGCUCGCAGUCGGAUCCCGACCUCUGGGAGUGGGUCCUCGCGGUGCCCAUCGGCAGCCGCCUGCAGUUCAAGGUUGUCACAAUCGACGCGGGCGACGCCGUGGUGCGAUGGUCGCAGGGCGGCGACAUCGUCGUCGCCGUCCCGCACGGGUGCACCGGCGUCGAGGUGAACGUGGACUGGCCGGAACCCCGGGGCGGCGCGGACGCGAGGGACGCGCCGCUCGCGGUGCAGCAGAGGGUGGUGGUGGAGAAGCCCAUCCAGGACUACAGGGUCGAGACGGGCGGCGCGUGGCUGGCGUACGGCAAGGUGGAGAAGACGGUCGACGACGACGAUUCGGAUCACGACGAUUCGGAUCACGACGAGUCGGACGCCGACGACGCCGACGCCGACGAUCGAAUCGUGGUCGACGCGGUGGACGCGGUGGACAUUGACGCCGACGGAGGCGCCGCGAAGGGCACGGCGGGUGCGUUUGUCCGCGCCGAUCUCUCCACCGACGAGGACGACGAGGGCGAUGUCGAUGGCGAUGACGAGGACGAUGACGUGGACGAUGACGAUGCCGAUGACGAUGCCGAGGGCGAGGACGAUGGCGACUCGAGCACGACGUCUUCCGGCGUGGACGCCGAGUCUCAGUCGUUCAGCGACGCGUUCGCCGGUGGGUACGUGGUCGGGUCGCACCUCGAGGGCAUGAUGGGCGGGAAGCGCACCGAGCUCGUGUUCAACGCCGCCGACAAGGAGGAGCACGGGGUCCGCGUCGGUAUCAUAGAGGAGGAUCGGCUGGUGGAGCUGUGGCACGAGCACGCGGCGGAGCCCGGUAAGGGCAUGCGCGUCGGUGACGUUUACCUGGGAGUCGUCGCCAAGGUCAUCAGCGGCAUGCAGGGUGUUUUGGUGGACGUCACGGGAAAGGGGCCGCCGUAUUCGCUGAUGCAGAAGGGCGUGGACGAACCGGCGCUGGCUUGGGUGCAGUCCGAGGAGCCCUCGGGGAUGUGGGACGACGACGGCGACUGGGAAAACUGGGACGACGACGACGCGGACUGGGACGACGACGAGGUUUUAGACGGCGACACAGCUGGCGGCGAGGCUCCCGGGGCGAGGGAGUUUGCGACGACGCUGCUGGAGGAGGGCGCGAAGACUCGUUGGCAGCGCCGGCCCGCGGGUGGAAGGUGGGCGGACGCGUGGGCGGACGGCGUGGGCGUGAGCGGCAGCUACGACGGGUCGGUUUUCGACCCGGGAGGCGACGAAGAGGAACCCUCUGGCGAGGGUUCGGGCGAGGGUUCAUCAGACGAGGACGACGACGAUUCGUACGCCCCCGUGGACGAGACGAUCGACGAGGAGCUCCAGCGGCACGAGGCGACGCUGGAGGCCCGCCGGCGCGACGCGCUGCGCGCCAAGGAGCGCAACGCGAGCCGGUCGGUCCCCGCCGUCGGUCGUUCCGAGCGUUUCUUUCGGUCGGAACCGUCGUCGUUCAACUCGUUCAACUCGUCGGGUUCUUCGCGCUCCCCCCAAACAUUCGGCGACUCGACCGCCGGCGGGGACUUCGAAGAGGCGUACUCCAGCGCGUGGCUGCGGAGCGGCGGCGGUCCGAGGGGCGCGACGCACCACGGCUGGACGCCGUGGAAGACGCACGUCGCCGCGGUGGGGCGCGACUCGGAGCUCACGGGGGCGAACAAGGUUGUGGAGCACUGGCGGCCCGGGAUGCCCGUGGUGGUUCAGGUCACGCGGCUCGGGUCCGGUCACAAGGGCCCGAGGGUCACCGCGAGGCCGACGUUACCGGGGAGGAACGUGGUGCUCUGCCCCGACGGCGAGGGGGUGUACGUCAGCAGGAAGCUCGCGGGGCAGGCGCGCGCCUACGUCAAGGCUGUGGGCGCCACCGUCGUCCCGAGCGACUGCGCGCUCAUCAUGCGGACGGAAGCGGCGGGGGUGUCCAAGGAGGUUCUCGAGAUGGACAUCAGGUCCCUCGCCGACGACUGGGACGUCGUCCGGGAGCGCGCGAGGGCGGCGGUGGAAGCCGCGGGGCUCCAGGGCAGGAGCCCGUUUCCCCGCCGUUUACUCGACGCCGCCACCGUGGAGCAAAUUUUGGUGCGGGAUUUAUUCGGCGAGAGAAUCGCGAAACUCACCGUCGACUCGAUGUCGUCGUACGAGGCGAUCGUCUCGGACCUGAGGCGAACGGGCGCGACGGACGAGAUCGUCCGGCGCGUGCGGCUGCACACGGGCCCGGAGAACGUCUUCGCAUUCCUGGGAGUCGCCGACGCCGUCGAGUCCACCGCGGAUGAGCGGGUGUGGCUGAAGGACGAGACGCUUCCCGGGGCGCACGUCGUGAUUCAGCAGACGGAGGCGCUCACCGCGAUCGACGUCAACGCCGGGCGCGCCGCGUUCAUCAACGACAGCGACAACGAGUCCGUCGCGGCGCAGGUGAACGUGGCGGCGGCGAAGGAGAUCGCGCUCCAGCUCAGGCUGAGAGACAUCGGCGGGUUGGUCAUGAUCGAUUACAUCGACAUGCACGAUCGCGCGCACAGGAAGGAGGUCGAGACGGCGUUCCUCGAGGCGGCGCAGAACGACCGCGCGCAGCUCACGUUCUUGCCGAUAUCGCCCCUCGGGGUCAUGGAGGUUGCGCGCGAGCGGCUGCAGGGGAACAACUCCGGCAGGCGCAUCGUCGCGGACAUAAAAGGGAUGCCGAUCGACCCCGACCGGCCGCAGGGCGGUCCCAGGCGCGUCCGGGGACCCAGGCCGCCGCCGUGGGCGGGGGCGGGCACCGGUCGAGGUCGAGGUAGGGGCAGGGGCGGGCAGGGGCGAGGACGGAACGGAUACGGCGGCUCUGUCCUCGGGGACCGGUUCGACGAUUUCAACAGAGAAGGGACGGGCGGGCCGGAGGGAAACAGGAGGUUCAGGGGUUGGCGCGAGCGCAGGACGGACGAUUCGCCGCGAGAGAGGGAAGAGAUCGGCGAGCGCGAGGGGAGUUACCACAGCGGCUCGUACUACGGCAACGCGAGGCGGAGCAGCAGGGGUCAAAGGGGUCGUUCGUCGACGUGA